GAGUCGCUAUUCGGCUUGUCCCGGAAUAACACGAGUUGGUCACGAAUGCACCAGACUGGCCACGUCACGCAGCACUAGACCACGUGAGACCACGCCAAAGGAGGACCACCAUCUAUCUAAGCGCAUCCUGAUGGUUACAGGACCGAGACGCCGCAUCAGCAGAAAAGACGUGCAGAGUUAAAUUGUUUACAUAUCGUAUUUGGUUAACAUUUCAGGUUAAAGUAUGCAUGAACGGCGGUAUUCUGCAGUCCGACUCGAGAUGUCGAUGUGUCAAUGGUUACGUGGGUUCAAAAUGCCAGCGUUUAAUGAGAGAUUGCAAAGAAGGAUUUGCUGCUGGAUUCGGCUACGGGCACGGCCAAUACUUCAUCCAACCAGCGUCUGCAUCUACGCCAUUUAAAGUUUUUUGUCGUAUGUGGUUUGGAGGAAGAACAAUCAUCCAAUGGCGCAAGGACAGCUUCCAGGAACCUUUCAACAGGAGUUGGGCAGAAUAUCGUGACGGCUUUGGACGCCUCGGUGGUGAUCAUUGGCUAGGGCUGGAGAAAAUGUACCAUAUAUGUAAACCAGGGACAGUGGUGCUUACAAUUGAAAUCAGAUUUGAGAAUACCCCAAAUGAUUAUAAGCAACAGGGAUUUUAUCAUUUCUCUCUUUCAAACGAGAAAGAUGACUAUCGCAUGCAUUUUUCACACUCGGAAGGUAUAGAACCUCACAGCAGAGAUGUACCAGUUUCUACCACUGGCAUUAUUAUGUGA